UGUUGGUUGGCUGGGAGAACCGAGAACAGAGCUACGAUCUCCGGGUGCAUGCACAGUUCAGCGGCUACCACCCCGGCUGGGCCUCGCACAAUGGAGGGUGAAAGCAUCAAGCCGAGCUCUCAGCCCCCGGUUCAGGCUGGGGAUGAUGAGAAGAACCAGAGGAUCAUCACUGUCAACUCUGCCCACAUGGGGAAGGCGUUCAAGGUGAUGAAUGAACUGCGGAGUAAACAGCUGUUGUGUGACGUGAUGAUUGUGGCAGAAGAUGUCGAGAUAGAAGCCCACCGUGUGGUCCUGGCAGCCUGCAGCCCCUACUUCUGUGCAAUGUUCACAGGUGACAUGUCUGAGAGUAAAGCCAAGAAGAUAGAAAUCAAGGACGUGGAUGGGAGGACGCUGAAUAAGCUGAUUGACUACAUCUAUACGGCAGAAAUCGAGGUGACUGAAGAGAACGUCCAGGUGCUGCUCCCAGCAGCCAGCUUGCUGCAGCUCAUGGAUGUUCGGCAGAACUGCUGUGACUUCCUGCAGUCUCAGUUGCAUCCCACCAAUUGCUUGGGUAUCCGCGCAUUUGCCGAUGUGCACACCUGCACUGACCUUUUGCAGCAGGCCAACGCAUAUGCAGAGCAGCACUUUCCAGAGGUGAUGCUGGGGGAAGAAUUUCUUAGCCUCAGUCUGGACCAGGUGUGCAGCUUGAUAUCCAGUGACAAGCUGACCGUUUCUUCAGAGGAGAAGGUAUUUGAAGCAGUGAUUUCGUGGAUCAAUUAUGAGAAGGAAACCCGUUUAGAGCACAUGGCAAAACUGAUGGAACAUGUCCGUCUCCCUCUCUUACCUAGGGAUUACCUGGUCCAGACGGUUGAAGAAGAAGCUUUGAUAAAGAAUAACAACACCUGUAAGGACUUCCUCAUCGAGGCCAUGAAAUACCACCUGCUUCCUCUGGAUCAGAGGCUCUUGAUUAAGAACCCAAGGACCAAGCCCAGGACUCCAGUCAGCCUGCCCAAGGUCAUGAUUGUGGUUGGUGGCCAGGCACCCAAGGCGAUCCGCAGUGUGGAAUGCUACGAUUUUGAAGAGGACCGGUGGGACCAGAUAGCUGAGCUUCCCUCCAGGAGAUGCAGAGCAGGUGUGGUGUUCAUGGCUGGUCAUGUGUAUGCUGUGGGUGGAUUUAACGGCUCACUGCGCGUGCGGACAGUGGAUGUGUAUGAUGGUGUGAAGGACCAGUGGACGUCCAUCGCCAGCAUGCAGGAGCGCCGGAGCACUCUGGGUGCAGCCGUGCUCAAUGACCUGCUCUACGCCGUGGGGGGCUUUGAUGGAAGCACUGGCCUAGCAUCGGUGGAAGCCUAUAGCUACAAGACCAACGAGUGGUUCUUCGUGGCCCCAAUGAACACACGGCGGAGCAGCGUGGGUGUGGGUGUCGUGGAGGGGAAGCUGUAUGCUGUCGGGGGUUAUGAUGGGGCUUCCCGCCAGUGCCUGAGUACCGUGGAGCAGUACAACCCAGCAACCAAUGAAUGGACCUAUGUGGCAGACAUGAGCACCCGCCGCAGUGGCGCAGGGGUCGGGGUCCUCAGUGGACAGCUGUAUGCCACAGGCGGGCAUGACGGGCCCCUGGUGAGGAAAAGUGUUGAAGUUUACGAUCCUGGAACAAACACCUGGAAGCAGGUGGCGGACAUGAACAUGUGCAGGCGCAACGCAGGGGUGUGUGCAGUGAAUGGGCUCCUGUAUGUGGUUGGAGGGGAUGAUGGAUCCUGCAAUUUGGCUUCGGUGGAGUACUACAACCCUGUCACCGACAAAUGGACGCUGCUGCCAACCAACAUGAGCACGGGGCGGAGCUACGCAGGUGUUGCUGUGAUUCACAAACCCUUGUGA